AUGGAUGACAUGUUUGAUGUUUUCGAGGGCAAAGCCGAGCCCCAAAGUUCUAGCGACUCUGAAAGAGAGCCCCCGAAGUCUCGAGCCCGAGAUAAGAGCAAGAAGCGCAAGGCGGAUGAAGCUAUGAAUGGCACAGCAACGACGGAACCAGCAAAUGAUGGCGAUGAUGCCGACAUGGACGAUGCAACCGAGACGUCGAAAGCCGAAGAGUCUGAGGAGGAGGAAUCCGAUACCCCUAGUCAACAAGAUAAAAAGAGGCGAAAGAAGGAGGAUGGUACUGGUCCCGUCAUGACAGAUACUUUUCAAACGGCAGAGUCGAGAGAAGUCGCUGGUGCGGCUACUCUGGUACCACAGGACGCGUCAUUGGUUUUAUCGCAUAACAUUCAGCAUCAGGUUGCUUUGCCGCCCGAUCUGGACUACGACUACGUCCCCUUGUCCGAGCACAAAUCGCCAGAGGAACCUGCCAGAACGUGGAAUUUCAAGCUGGAUCCCUUCCAGAGCCUGUCGGUGGCUUCUAUUGAGCGAGAUGAGAGUGUGUUGGUUUCUGCACACACGUCUGCUGGUAAAACGGUUGUGGCCGAAUAUGCCGUUGCGCAGUGUUUGAAGCGCAACCAGCGAGUCAUCUAUACCAGUCCCAUCAAGGCGCUUAGCAACCAAAAAUAUCGAGAUUUCGAGGCCAUCUUUGGAGAAGUCGGUUUGAUGACGGGCGAUGUCACCAUCAACCCUACGGCAAGCUGCUUGGUCAUGACGACGGAAAUUUUGCGAUCCAUGUUGUACCGCGGUUCGGAGAUUAUGCGAGAAGUCGCCUGGGUUGUGUUCGACGAGAUUCAUUACAUGCGCGACAAGACUCGAGGUGUCGUCUGGGAGGAAACCAUCAUUAUGCUUCCCGAUAAAGUUCGCUACGUCUUCUUGUCCGCCACUAUUCCCAACGCCUUCCAGUUCGCCGAGUGGAUUGCCAAGAUUCAUCACCAGGCCUGCCACGUUGUUUACACCGACUUCCGACCCACGCCUCUCCAGAACUACUUCUUCCCCUCUGGCGGCACCGGCGCCCGUAUUAUUGUGGACGAAAAGGGCAACUUUAAUGAGCAAAACUUUAACCUUGUCAUGAAGGAGGUUGAGGACAAAAAGGGCGCAGACUCGAACGAUAUCAAUGCCAAGAUGAAGGGCAAGGGCAAGAAUAAGAAAACCAACAAAGGCGGCGCUGACGAAGGAUCCGACAUGCACAAGAUCAUUCGCAUGACCAUCAAGAAAAAGUUUAACCCGGUUAUUGUUUUCAACUUUAGCAAGCGAGAGUGCGAGAAUAUGGCCUUGAGGAUUUCUAAUUUGUCCUUCAAUGACGAUUCUGAAAAGGCCAUGGUGAAAAAGGUCUUCCACAGUGCCAUCGAGAGUUUGGCGGAGCAAGAUCGAGAACUCCCUCAGAUCACCCACUUGCUUCCGCUUCUGGAGCGCGGCGUUGGCGUCCAUCACUCUGGUCUGCUGCCCAUCUUGAAGGAAACGAUUGAAAUCUUAUUCCAAGAAUCUCUUAUCAAGGUUCUGUUUGCUACGGAGACCUUCUCUAUCGGCUUGAACAUGCCUGCCAAGACAGUCGUCUUUACGCAGGUCACCAAAUGGGACGGCGUCAAGAGACGACCGCUCACAUCUUCCGAAUACAUUCAAAUGGCUGGUCGUGCCGGUCGUCGUGGCCUUGAUGCUCGCGGUGUCGUUAUCAUGAUGAUUGACGACAAGCUGGAGCCUGAUACCGCCAAGGAUAUCGUCACGGGUCAUCAAGACAAGCUCAAUUCCGCAUUCUACCUGGGAUACAACAUGAUUCUCAAUCUGCUAAGAAUCGAGGCGAUUUCACCCGAGUUCAUGCUGGAGAGAUGCUUCCAUCAGUUCCAAAAUGCCGCCAGUGUCCCCUCGUUGGAGAAGGAGCUCAUGUCGCUGCAGCAAGAGCGAGAUGGACUUUCAAUACCUGACGAGGCGACAAUCAAGGAUUAUUACCAGAUUCGACAACAACUCAACACAUACACCAAAGAUAUGCGAGCCGUGAUCCAGCACCCCAGCCACUGCCUAGACUUUCUCCAGCCGGGACGUCUAGUGCAGAUUUACAACCCCAAGGAAGCCCAGGAUAAUGUCAACGGUGGUCUUGAUUUUGGAUGGGGUGUUAUCGUCAACCAUUACCCUCGUCGGGCACCAAGACUUGGCGAGCCCGAAUGGGAACCACAAGAAUCACACAUCAUCGACGUUUUGCUUCCUAUAUCAGCUACAAGCGCUGAAAUUACUCCCGGUCAACCCACCGGGGACAUGCCGGCUGGACUCAAACCCGCUGGUACUGACAACGCAACCAUCAAUGUGGUUGUGCCCUGCCUACUUACCUGCAUGAAGGCCGUCAGUCAGAUCCGCAUCUUCAUGCCAAAGGAUGGGUUUAAGACGGACGCCGACCGCGACCAGGCUCGUAAGUCACUGGCAGAGGUUAAGCGCCGAUUCCCCGACGGCAUCCCUAUCUUGGAUCCCUUGGAGAACAUGGAAAUCGCAGACGAAUCGUUUAAGAAACUGUUGCGCAAGAUUGAAGUACUGGAAUCCAGACUUCUCGCCAACCCGCUGCACAUGUCUCCCAUGCUCCCCUCUCUUUGGGACCAGUACAGCGAGAAAGUGCAGCUGGUAGAAAAGGUCAAGGAGAAGAAGAAGACGAUUUCCAAAGCGCACAGCAUUGCGCAAAUGGACGAACUCAAGUCACGCAAGCGUGUCCUCCGUCGACUAGGCUUCAUCAACGACUCCGAAGUCGUACAGCUCAAAGCCCGCGUUGCCUGUGAAAUCUCCUCCACCGAAGGCCACGAGCUGCUGUUGUCAGAACUAUUGUUCGACCGCUUCUUCAACGAAUUAUCCCCCGAGACGUGCGCCGCCGUCUUGAGUUGCUUCAUCUUUGACGAAAAGGUCGAGACGCAAGCUCUCAAGGAAGACCUGCAAAAACCCUACCGCGAGAUCCAAGCCAAGGCGCGUAUCAUUGCCAAAGUAAGCCAGGAGUGUAAACUCGAUGUGAAUGAGGAGGAGUACGUGACGAGCCUGAAGUGGCAGCUGAUGGAAACGGUCUACACAUGGGCGCAGGGCAGACCGUUUAUCGAAAUCUGUAAAAUGACAAACAUCUACGAAGGCUCGCUGAUUCGUCUCUUCCGAAGGCUGGAGGAACUGCUGCGUCAAAUGGCGCAGGCGGCUAAAGUCAUGGGGAAUGAUGACCUGACCAAGAAAUUUGAGGAGAGUCUGCAGAAGAUUAGGAGGGAUAUUGUGGCUGCGCAGAGCUUGUAUCUGUGA